CAAACCAAAGAGAGAGAGAGAGAGCAAGAUCGCUUAAAAAAGGAGUUCCGGAGGGUCGAUUGGAAAUCUAUCAUCUUAUCCGCACCAAACAACCCCACAGUAGAAACCAAUACACCUUGUCCAGAUGUGAACCUCUGUAACCCAAAAAAAUCUCACUCCGCAAAACGUGCUUGGGCGAUGGCUGGUUUUCUAGCAACUUCUUCUUCUUCUGCAGCCGCGAUCUGGGCCUCUCUUUCUUCUCCCUCCCCAAAGUCCCUCGUUCACUCUCUCUCCCCAACCCCCGGGCAGAGUGGCGGAAGGAAGUUCUAUAAAGGGAUUGCAGUUACAGGGAAGAAAGGGAGGUCUCGUUUCCGCAUUUCUAUUACUAAUGUCGCCACAGAGAUCAGUCCUGCCCAAGAAAAGGCCAGGAAGAUUGCCUCUAUGAAAAGUCAGAGGCCGGUGUAUCCAUUCUCUGCUAUAGUAGGACAAGAUGAGAUGAAACUAUGCCUCCUGCUAAAUGUGAUUGAUCCCAAGAUAGGGGGUGUCAUGAUUAUGGGUGACAGAGGAACGGGGAAAUCCACGGCUGUUAGGUCUUUGGUUGAUUUACUUCCUGAAAUCACAGUAGUUUCCGGAGACCCAUUUAACUCUGAUCCGGAAGAUCCAGAAUCCAUGGGCAUGGAAGUAAGAGAAAAAGUUGUGAGAGGUGAGGAACUUCCCGUCAUAAUGACCAAAAUCACCAUGGUUGAUUUGCCAUUGGGUGCUACGGAAGAUAGAGUUUGUGGAACAAUCGACAUAGAAAAAGCCCUUACAGAAGGUGUCAAGGCAUUUGAGCCUGGCCUUCUUGCCAAAGCCAAUAGAGGAAUUCUAUAUGUGGAUGAAGUCAACCUUUUGGACGAUCACUUGGUGGACGUUCUUUUGGAUUCUGCUGCCUCCGGAUGGAAUACUGUUGAAAGGGAAGGAAUUUCAAUUUCACAUCCCGCUAGGUUUAUUCUAAUUGGAUCAGGAAAUCCGGAAGAAGGCGAACUUAGGCCACAGUUACUUGAUCGAUUUGGGAUGCAUGCACAAGUAGGCACAGUGAGGGAUGCGGAGUUGAGAGUGAAAAUUGUGGAGGAGAGAGCUAGGUUUGAUAGGAACCCUAAGGAAUUCAGAGAGUCUUAUAACGCGGAGCAAGAGAAGCUCCAGCAGCAAAUUGCUUCUGCUAGGAGUUCUCUUCCUUCUGUUAAUAUUGAUCAUGAGCUCCGUGUAAAAAUCUCCAAGGUUUGUGCCGAGCUGAAUGUUGAUGGACUGAGAGGUGAUAUUGUGACAAAUAGGGCGGCAAAAGCUUUGGCAGCUCUAAAAGGGAGAGGUGAAGUAACGACAGAGGAUAUUGCAACUGUCAUUCCCAACUGCUUGAGACACCGGCUUCGUAAGGAUCCCUUGGAGUCAAUUGAUUCAGGUUUGCUCGUCAUUGAGAAAUUUUAUGAGGUAUUUGCUUGAGCUUGCCAAGUAUGUGGGCUUCUUUGUAAUUGUGAACAAUUGUUUCUUAGAUGGAAUUUCCCCUUCUCUUUGGCAUAUGAAACUAUUCUUGGAAGGCAGAUUUAUGCUGAUUCAUAUCUUUGUAGUUUACGUCAAAGGCAUGAUUUUGUAAUUGAAACACCAUAAUGCCAUUAUUAAGUUUGAUUUCAUUUUUCUUA